CCCUCCUAAUAUAUUUUAUAAAGUACACACUCUUCAUUUACACAUUCACCUCCUUUGUCGUUCGUUCCCGCCCCUCCGAUCGGGAGCAUGGCUGCAUUGGCUGUCACUCCUUUCUCAUCCAGAUCAUGAUCCCGCUUAGCCCGGUAUCUGUGAGACUACCCAACUCGCACGGCUCUCGGGAGCCCCAUAUCACCCGCCAUGGGCAACGACAAUAAAUUCGAAUAUGAAGCCCUUCCAAUCCCAUCCUACGAAGAGGCCAUCGGCGCUCGCCCGGGCUCUUCCCGAUCGCACCUCGAUUCUUCCGAAGAAGUGAGCGACAAUACCGAAAGACAAGGCUUGCUCCAGCGCGGUCCCCAAACGGGUGCCCGCGGAGAGACUAGACCUCAUGGAUAUCACCCUCCCACCGUCGAGUCCGCUCGGAAUAGCCUCGAUGACCUUGAGUCCGGAUCUGGAUCGGAUAGGGGCUCGUUGGAGGAGUUACAGCGGGAGCUGGCCCAGAUGGACGUGGAGGACGCUGGUCAGCAAACCUCAUCUCAGCGAUCUCGCCUACGGUCGCGGUUCUCGAAGCGAUUCAACGACUUGACUCGUACAUUAUCCUCGUUCAAUCUGCCGUUUCGCCGUUAUUUGCCAAGCUUGCCAAAUCUCAGGUUUACCGUCUACCUAGACGAUGCUCGGUCGGGCUUCAAACACAAUGGAUGCAUGAUCUUGCUGCGUGUCUUUGGAUUGCUUCUAGUCGUCACCAUCGUGUACAUCUUCUUCAUUUCGGACCUAUUCAGCAUGAACAACCGUUUUAUCAUGGGUCAAUCCUACAGCGCCGCGUCCGUGGAGAACUUCGUACAGGGUCAUAUUAAUGAGACGAGCAUUGCAGAAAACCUGAGGAAGCUGACCGCAUACCCUCAUAUCGCAGGUACGGAAGGCAGUUUCGUUCUGGCGGAAUGGGUGGCAUCGGAGUUCAACAAGGCCAACUUCGACGAGGUCGAGAUGGAAGAAUUCCAGGUAUAUUUGAAUUAUCCCCAACAAGACGGUCGGAGGGUGGCGAUCAUCGAUCCGCCCGACCUUGCCUGGAAGGCUACUUUGGAAGAGGAUAACGAACAGACCUUGGUAUUCCAUGGCCACUCGAAGUCGGGGAACGUCACUGGUCACCUCGUCUACGCAAACUACGGCUCCCGAGAAGAUUUCCAAUAUCUCAAAGAUCAAGGAGUUGCCUUGAACGGCUCCAUAGCGCUGGUCCGUUAUGGUGGGUCAGAGAGCGAUCGGGCCCUGAAGGUCAAAGCUGCAGAAUUGGCUGGUGCAGCUGGUUGUAUAAUAUAUUCCGAUCCCGCGGAGGAUGGCUUUGUCCGGGGUCCGGCCUUUCCAGAUGGACGCUAUAUGCCAGCAGACGGGACACAAAGAGGCGCUGUUAGUUUGAUGUCAUGGGUGGUCGGUGAUGUACUCUCGCCAGGUUUCGCGUCCACACCGGAUGAGAAAGUGAGACUCAAGCCGGAGGAUAGCAAGGGGUUGACGGCUAUUCCUAGCAUUCCUCUCGCCUGGCGCGAUGCCCAAAGGCUCUUGCAGGUGCUCAAGGGCCACGGUUCGAAGGUGCCGGCCAAGUGGGUUGGCGGUGUCCCGGACGUGAACCAGUGGUGGACUGGGGACGCAUCGUCGCCCACCGUCAAUCUUAUGAACAUCCAAGAUGAGGUAGAAAGACAGCCUAUCUACAACGUCGUUGGAAGGAUUAUCGGGUUGGAGCAGCCGGAGAAAAAGAUCAUUGUUGGUAACCACCGAGACUCGUGGUGCUUGGGAAGCGCAGAUCCGGGCAGUGGCACGGCUGUGUUCCUUGAGCUGGCUCGAGUUUUCGGGGAACUGCUGACUUUUGGCUGGCGCCCACUACGCACCAUCGAGUUUAUCAGCUGGGACGCUGAAGAGUACAACCUCGUUGGCUCGACAGAACAUGUUGAAAAGGAGUUGCAAGCACUUCGUGAAAACGCAUAUGCCUACAUCAACGUCGAUGUGGGUGUAAGCGGCAAAGAAUUUGACGCCGCAGGAAGUCCGCUUUUCGAGAGCGUCAUUAUGCAGAUCCUCGGUCGCAUAUCGGAUCCUGACAGCAAUGAAACGCUCAAAGAUCUUUGGGAGAAGAAGAAGAAAAGACUCGGACCUCUUGGUGCUGGAAGCGACUACGUCGCUUUUCAGGACAUCGCUGGAACUUCUAGCGUUGAUUUUGGAUUUAUCGGCGAACCUUUCCCCUACCAUAGCUGCUAUGAGAACUGGGACUGGAUGACCAAAUUUGGUGACCCCGGAUUUCAGUAUCACAAGAUUUUAGGACAGUUUUGGGGUUUGUUACUUCUGCAACUUGCAGACAGCCCCAUUCUGCCUUUUGACUUGGAGGCAUAUGCUGCCCACCUUGGUGGCUAUAUUACUGGCCUGGAAAGUUAUGCCAAGUCAAGGAAUGUCCCAACUACCGAUAACAAUCAGAACGCCGCUCAGGACACCUCUGUGACAUUCAAGCCCUUGUAUGAAGCGGCGGCAAAGUUCAAGGACGAUGCGUCUCACUUUCAGGAGUGGGCUCGGGUCUGGCAUGAUGCUGUUUGGGGAGCUGGUGGGUUUGAGAACAACGUGGUUGCUGUACAGCGUCUGGCACAUAAUACGCGGCUGGCUCAUUUCGAAACCCAUCUUCUCGACGACAGGCCAGAUGGCGGCGUUCCCAACCGCACACAAUUCAAGCAUGUCAUCUUCGGCCCUGAACUCUGGUCCGGCUAUGACCCUACUCUCUUCCCUGCCAUUCGAGACAGCAUUGAUUCUGGCAAUUGGACGCUAACUCAGGAGUGGAUUGACCGGGUCUCCAAUAUCAUCAGCGACGCGAGCGAUCAUCUCGUCCAUAAGAACUGAUCAUUCCACUGCCAGGCGGACAACCCCAUCACUUUCUCCUAUACAAUCUUGUGCCUCAAUCUACCUCCUUGUCUUUCUACCGCCAAACGACGACCCGAUACUGUCAUAAACUCAACGCCCGCUAUACACACCAUCUCCGACCCUGCACAGUAU